CACUUGUACGUGGCGUGCGUUUUGUUGUUAGGUCGGUGCUCGUUUCCCUCCAGUUUUACGCGCUCGCUUCCGUCACCAUGCCCGGGUGUUGCGUGCCGCAGUGCACCAACCAUUCCAGGAACGGCUGGAAGCUGUACCGCUUUCCAAGAGACCCAAAAAAAAGGCUUUUUUGGACAGUACAAUUUCAAACGCGACAAGUGGCGCACUUUGAACCGAACAACUAUGAGCAAAACCGUGCGGAUGGUUGGAAAAAGUUGGAACCCAAUGCAGUCCCAACUUUGCUUGCAUUCAGACCGAUGCCCAAGGAACGAAGGCCACCAAAGGAAAGAACUGUGUCCGCACCCUCCAGUGAAGAGACCGGCAAAUUUGCUCUGGGGCUGCGUCAUUCUCCAGCUAAAGUUGAAACACCCCGAGAGGCCCCACAGAACCAUGCAGUUCUUGAGUCUUCACGGCAACUAAUGUCGCGUUACGAACACGACGCCAUGGAAGUCAGCGACGCCGUUGUGGAACUGUCAGCAAACUCUAGUGAUGCAGAUUCAAUAGCAGUCAAUGAUGCGGCUGGUGAAACAUCAAAUGCUACUACAGAAUCAGCAGAGCUGAAGAAGCUUGCUGACCUUACAAGAAAGUAUGCUGAGCUUCAGCAACACCAUGUCACCGCCAGGAACACAAUUCAAGGUCUCAGGAACAAAGUUCAAAAAUUCGAGAGUGACGCAACGAAUAUUUCGCAAAAUUUGAAAUUUCUGAACGAAGAUCAAGUUCGCGCUCUCUCAAAAAGCAGCAGCUUGGGGAACUCUUGGUCUGCACACACCGCCAAGCAAGGCCUUCAGAUUAAGUUCGCUUGUGGAACAACAGGAUAUGAAACGCUAAGAAAAAUUGGGUAUCCUCUCCCAUCCAACAGAACACUCGCGCGAAGGAUUCAAAGUUUGAAGUUUCUCCCAGGCAUUCUUCACGAUGAGAUCGAUGUUACGAAAUGCAAAUCCGAGACUAUGGAGGAUGUGGAAAAGGAGUGCGUCAUUUUUUUUUUUUUUUGAUGAAGUGGAGAUAGUGCCGGGGUUCAAGCUAGUCCGUGCUGAAGACACUUCUCGGAGGAGUAACUCUUCCCCCGAAGCCUGAAGAGCCUGCGAAUCAUGCUCUUGUAUUUAUGUUAGGUGGUCUUAACCAAAGAUGGAAGCAAGUUAUUGCAUAUGAAUUCACUGGGAGAAACGUCGAUGACUGUCCUUCUCGUCCGGUCUUAAAUCAUUACGCAGUUCUUU